GUGGCCGCCGCCGUGGCGCGCUACGCCGCCCAGAUGGAGAAGGCCAGCGGCGGACGGGCGCUGACCCUGCUCCUGACCCAGCCGGCGCUCAGUCGGCGCACGCGGUCGCUGCUGGCCGAUCCUACCGACAAACCACCGGCCGACGGCGGUCUCAAUCUGGCCUCCAGCUACAGCGACGACUACCCGGUCAUCUUCAACAUCCUGCUCAUCACCUCCAUCUUCUUGCUGUACAUUCUGGUGGCGUUCUCCGUGAUGACUGCCUACAUGGAUCCUGGCAAGGACUCGAUCAUCUACCGCAUGACGAACCCGAACAUGAAGAAGAACAACUAGUCCGACAACGAGGACGUUCAUCAGCAUAGCACGGCUUCUCGUAAGCGCGUGUAGGCGCGUGAGAAGCUCUUAUCCCCUCGCUGGACAUGGGCCAAUGAAACUCAACGACUUCAGGUGGCGAAAAGCUUCAAAAUGGACAGGUAGACUUCGGAUCUCCAUGUUUGAGUUUCAUGUUCCAGCACUCAGAAUCGUUGGAAAUCCCCCCGGCGGACGAUGAUUCGCCUUCCCAUCCGUGAUGGCAGCGCCCGUGUAAUUCAGUGUGCUUGUAUAGAACAUUCCAUAUCCGUAGCGAGCGUCGUGGAGCGGGUGCCCCCAUCACGUACCUUGGGAGUGUGCUCGGUCCGUGUGCGGCGCCGGCACCGGGCCUGUCGGGUUGGAGCCAGUCUCGUAUCAGUGUUGUGAGUAGCAUGCCUCGGCCGGGCCCUCGGGCGCCCCACCAGCGGGGUCGUCUCCGGGCGACUGGUGAUCAGCUGGCCGAGGCGGACGGGCCUGAGGAGCGGUGGCCGCCUACGGAGCGCCAGGCUGUCUGCAGAUAGGCGGACCGCCGGCCGCCAGGGCACAGGCGCAGUGUUUGUUGUCCGGGGCCGCCUGAAGGCGGGCCGGGGAGCGGGCAGGGCCGUUACGCUGGUGGGCCGUGGGGUCCGUUCGCCUCGUGUAGGACGGAUCGCCGAUAGCGGGCGAUAACGGCAGUGGCGGGCUGGGACAGAUUAUGGAUUAAUUAUAUCGUGAUUGUACAGAAUGGACGUGCGGUUCAGUGAGGCGCGAUUUUGCCGUGAGGUCUGAUGCUUAUGUAACAAUCGCGUUCGUUGUACAUGGAUGCAAAUAAAACCGGUGUGAAUGACA